UUAGAAUGUGGUGUUGUUGGAGAGAGACGGAGCACGGUGUAAUAAACUAUUGGAACAGUAAAGUUUCAUCUUCCAGAAGCCUUGGCUGUCAGUCUGUUAUUUCAUUCAGCAGCUGGCAAAACAAGACAAGUUAACAAGCUACUGGACAAUUGGUUGCUCUGGUCUGCUGGCGUGGCGCAACAGAGACAACCAGCGACAGUCCUGCAGAUGAUCUCAGUGAUGGAACUGGGGCAGGCCCCAACCCUGUUUGGUUAGAAGCAAGCGAGUUCGUCUGCAGCUCCGUCUCCCCAAUGAAUGGAGCAUUUGAGGCCUACAGAAUAGUUGUGUAAAAAAGGCCCGAGUGACUUUGGCUUGUUUGGAAGCUAAACUGCAACAAAAGGCGAAAGCGGAAAUAAGAAGAGUUCGGGUUUUUGUUGCUGCUUUGCAAAACUCUUGACUCACCGAGAGGGAUGGAAACACCCCGCCCAGUUCUACGCAAAGGGGGAGAAAUGCAAGUAAUCCUUUAGCACAACUUCAGGCAGACAAGAUGGCAGAGGAGAGCCCAGUCCAGAAUCUCUGCGAUGAAACGACGUGCUCCAUCUGCCUCGAGUAUUUCAAAGAUCCAGUGAUCAUAGAUUGUGGGCAUAUUUUCUGCCAAGCCUGCAUCACCCAGUACUGGGGGAAAUCGGACAGAGAUGCUUCCUGCCCUCAGUGCCGAGAACCUUGUCAGGAAAAGAAAUUCCAGCCAAUCCGGCAACUGGCAAGUAUUGUAGAAAUAGCCAAGAAAUUAAGCCUUGAGAUGGCCAAAGGGGCAGAGGCACUGGGAAGAGUGUGCGAGAGACACCAGGAACCUCUGAAACUCUUCUGCGAAGAAGAUCAGGCCCCCAUCUGUGUGGUGUGUGACAAAUCCAAGGAGCACAGGCAGCACAAGGUGAUUCCAACGGAGGAGGCUUUUGAAGAGUACAUGGGUAAAAUUCUGAGUCAUUUGGAGCUUCUGAACAAACGGAGAGUGAAAAUGUUGUCUUCUAAACUGAGUGGGGAGACUGAAUGCCAGAAGCUGCUGGGGCAGACAGAAAUGGAGAGGCAGAAAAUUGUGGCUGACUUUAAGCAACUGCACCAAUUUUUGGAAGAACAAGAGCGCCUCCUGCUGGCUCAGCUGAAAGAUCUGGAUGAUGUGAUUAAAAACUGUAGGGACCAAUAUAUUGCCGAACUCUCUGAGGAAAUAUCCUCUGUUGGUAACCUUAUCACGGACAUGGAGGACAAGCAGAAGCAGCCAGUGAACGAAUUCUUGCAGGAUAUGAGAGACAUCCUGCAAAGGUGUAAUGAAUAUAAAGUUGUGGACUCAAUACGUUGUCCUCCAGGAUUAAAGGAGCGAAUUAUGAAACUCCAUGAAACGCAUCUUUUUUUGGAGACUGCCAUGAAGGAAUUCAAAGGUGUUGUGCUCUCUGGACCUCAAAAAAAGAAAGAUGAAGAAAUGAAUAUUCCCACACUACUCCUAUCAUAGAAUGUCAGCGCAAUAGACCAACCAAUAUAUCAAGACUCGUAUUCUAGCCGGAAUCCCUGUCAAUUGAGUUGCUGGUCCUGUGUUAAGGGAUUUGAGAGAAUAACCUCAGGGACCUAUUCCUGGAUAGUGGAUGUGGGGAAUGAAGAUUUCUGGGCUGUGGGGGUGGCCUAGGAUUCUUUAAGGGGGUACACUCUUGCCAGUUUGAGCCCUGAGACUGGGAUCUGGGCUGUGGGCAAGACUGGUGCUGGUUUUGGUUUUGGCAUGUACUGCUGGAUUGAAAUGCCCCUGACGCCAUUGCCCUGGUCCAGAUAUGCAGCCCCUGAGUUGAUGCACCAGCCCAAGAGGAUCCGUGUGUCUGUGAACUAUGAAGAAAGAUCAGUGACCUUUGAUGAUCCUGACUCCAAUUACAGCAUCUUCACCUUCACUAACGCUUCGUUCUCUGGAGAAAGAAUCUGCUCCUGGCUCAGUAUGGGGAUGAGAUGAGGUUGUCCUUUGGUGCAGACUAGAAUGUGACAUGGGGAAGACCUGUUGGAUUGUGCUGAAUCAUAUAAAGCAAGGGUGGGUGGGUGGGUGGGUAAGUUUAAAUUAUAGCACAGGUGGGCAGGAGGAAGGAAUUGAACCCUUUCCCUGCUCAGAUUUCCUCCCAUGCCCCAGUGAGGGUUGUUUAUACAGCCCCAUUAGGAGAAAAAGUCUGGCAAAAGUAUAGUUGAAGGGAUAAACUUUAUGUGUGUUGAGGAAAGGGUUCAGCACAUUGAUCCCCACCCUUUGUACAGGUAACGGCCUCAUUCUGACAUGCAGUGUCAUUGCUGUCACAUCUGCUUUGAUCCUGCAAGCUUUCCUUGCCAGAUAAUGUUAUGUUGUGUGAGGCGAAAGCCAAGAAAAUCACCAUACAGUCACAGACUUCUCUUUCCCCUUCAUACAGGUUGUCUUUAUUUGGGCAGUGAAUGGAUGUUACAUCUGAGGACAGAAUUUGAUACUGUAUUCUUAGCUAUGACUUUCUCUGCAACAGCCACAAGUUCCUGGCUCUUCUCACAGCCUCAGUAAUCUUCUGAGUUUCUCCCCUCUUGGCCCGAGCCUUUAAAAACUACUUUUGGACUACUUAGAAGAUGGUUGGCUCCAUUUUAGUAUUGUUCACCUGCUCCUGUUUGGCUAAUGGGAGGGGGAAGAGAGGGCGGAGACCCUCCACAUGGUGGUGUUCAUGCUUUUUAGAAGAAAAAUGUGUGCUUUUGAAGGUCACUUUUAUUCUGAAGAAAAGGCAGCAGUGAAGCCCCAGUCCAGAAUAUGCUGUAUUUGGGUCAUAGUCUCCUGUUGGGGUUUUAUUGAGAGAAAAUGCUCUGCUUUUUAAAAACCAUUUCUCCCCAAAGAUGUUGCUGACUGCAAACAACAGUCAUGGGAAGUCAUGGGGUGGAGGUGAGGAUUUUCAACAAGGAAUUGGCAUGAGGCCGCGAUCCAGAGUGGCUGCAUGUUGCAGAUCAGAAUCGCAUAGCUGCAUUUUAUUCACAAUAGAAAUACACAAAAUAGAAGCACAGUUAAAGAGGAAUAGUCCACAAAUACACACUGCACAAAGAGAGCCAUGAUAUGGGGGGCAUUUAAGUGCAUCCCCAUUAUUGGGACAACUGGAUUCUCUACUCAGAUAAGUUUUCUGACCUGAUUUACAUAAGUUAGUGAGAAUCUUCAUUUUUUUUCAUACUUACAAGUUCAGCUGAUGCAUAAAUCCAUUAUAGCUGGCCUUUUAUACGUUUGCAGUGGUACUACCUUACUCACUGUUGGGAGGAAUAGAAAGAUGCCCACGUUUUGAUUUUAGUCCUUUAUAUUCAUGGAAAGAGAGUGAUACUGAUUUUAAAUUCAUUGUUUCUGUGUUUCAUUGAUACUUAAUGGCAUUUCCUGAGUUCCAUCUGAGAAGGUCCUUUCUAAAGAAGGAAAAAUCUGUUAUUUAGGAGUCAUUCCUUGUGUUUUGUUACAAUUUUGUAUUAAUAAUAAAGACAUUAUAGUCAAAGAAAUAACACAAAAUUCAAACAUUAAAAAAGGUGAAUGUUUUAUCCCUGGAAAACAAAGGAAUUGUUCCGUUUGUAACACAC